AGCGCUGGCGGACGGGUCGGGUCGGGCCCGGCCCCGGGCGGCCGCGGCGGCCCCGAGGUUGAGGCGGGGCAGCCCCCGCGGGAGCCGCGGCGGAGGCGGCGGGGCCGCAGCAGUGGGAAGGGGAAAGAGAGAAAAGAAGUCCUUUCACCCCUUGAGAAUUUUGCUCUUUGCCUUCAACCAGUCUAACUGGAUUGCAUUGGAACUGUACCUCACCUGCUAGAAAAGUAGGAAAAUAAGAACAUUCUUUCUUUAAUGUAUGCAGUUCCUGGUUCUCAGUAAACACAUUCCAGGUACUGAGAGAGGACAUUUUUUGAUCUGUCUUCUGUGUUUGUCUUGGUAAAACAUCAGAACUGAAUACAAAGCAAGAUGGAAAAUGAAGAGAUGGGAGACAUAAAAGACUAGAAAAUUCAUUUAAAAUAGUGCUUUGAAAGCAUUUGUGAAGACAAGUGAAUUCCAAGUCCAUGAGUAUGGCUUUGAGAAAAACAUUCAGAUACAGGCAUAAAGGACAUGGGGCAGAGGAACCAGCCACUGCUGCAGUAGUUUAUAUGUUUACAGGGCCUUUACUGGGUCUGGCACAUGUAGAAAAGGAAGUUCUGCAAGCUGCUAUGGGUAAAAGAGCGAAGACAGUCCUAGUCCCAAGCGACAACGCCUUUCCCAUUCCGUCUUUGACUACACAGCAGCAUCACCAGCCCCAUCACCACCAAUGCGACCAUGGGAGAUGACAUCAAAUAGGCAGCCUCCUUUGGCUCGACCCAACCAACACCACUUCUCAGGGGAACGAUGCAACACACCUGCACGAAACAGGAGGAGUCCUCCUGUUCGACGUCAGAGAGCAAGGAGAGAUCGUUUGUCUAGACAUAAUUCUAUUAGCCAGGAUGAAAACUAUCACCAUCUCUCCUAUGGACAGCAGCAAGCAAUAGAAGAGCCUCGAGCCUUUCGCCCACCAAAUGUAUCUCCUCGUAUGUUGCACCCAGCUGCUCACCCACCACAGCAGAACGCAGUGAUGGUUGACAUUCAUGAUCAGAUCCAUCAGGGCACAGUUCCUGUUUCAUAUACAGUGACAACUGUGGCUCCACAUGGGAUACCACUUUGCACAGGCCAGCACAUUCCAGCCUGCAGCACGCAGCAGGUCCCAGGGUGCUCAGUGGUUUUCAGUGGCCAGCACCUUCCAGUAUGCAGUGUGCCUCCACCAAUGCUUCAGGCGUGCUCAGUCCAGCACCUACCUGUCCCAUAUGCAGCAUUUCCACCCCUCAUUUCUAGUGACCCAUUCCUUUUGCAUCCUUCUCAUAUCUCUACACACCACCCUCCUCACUUACCUCCUCCAGGACAAUUUGUUCCUUUCCAAGCACAACAGUCACGGUCGCCACUUCAAAGGAUAGAAAAUGAUGUAGAAUUGCUUGGAGAACAUCUUCCUGUAGGAGGUUUUACAUACCCUCCCUCAGCCCAUCCACCAACGUUGCCUCCCUCAGCUCCUCUUCAGUUCUUAGCCCAUGAUCCAUUACACCAGGAGGUGUCAUUUGGGGUACCUUACCCACCUUUUAUGCCUCGAAGACUCACAGGGCGCAGCAGAUACCGAUCCCAGCAGCCAAUACCACCACACCCUUACCAUCCCAGCCUAUUACCUUAUGUGCUAUCAAUGCUCCCAGUGCCACCGGCAGUUGGACCAGCUUUCAGCUUUGAGUUGGAUGUUGAAGAUGGAGAGGUAGAAAACUAUGAGGCACUGCUGAAUUUGGCAGAACGUCUGGGAGAAGCCAAACCACGGGGAUUAACAAAAGCAGACAUUGAGCAGCUUCCAUCCUACAGGUUCAAUCCAAACAAUCACCAGUCAGAGCAGACAUUAUGUGUGGUGUGCAUGUGUGAUUUUGAGUCAAGGCAGCUACUUAGAGUCUUACCCUGUAACCACGAGUUCCAUGCCAAGUGUGUUGAUAAAUGGCUGAAGGCAAAUCGUACCUGCCCGAUUUGUAGAGCUGAUGCUUCAGAAGUGCAUCGUGAUUCAGAAUGACCAAUCUAAGAGCACAAAUCUGGUUUGGGUGUUCCUGGUCACAUGUAUAUAUGAACUCUCUGUUGAACUUACCUACCCAUGUGGCUUCCAGCCUACCCUUUACACAAAAGGGUCAAUGGACCUUACUUUGCACUGUGUGACUUAAUCAAUUAUAAAGCUUAUAACUAGUCUUCACAGUUACAGGAUUGUUAUACUAACAAGUGUGAUUGGAACUCCAAAGAUUUUUUUUAGCUUAAUUUUUUUGUGUGCACUAACAUUCCCUGGGUUUUGUGUGAUCAUUCCAAGUAUUGCUGCGAGAUUACUGUGGAUGUGAUCUUUUAGCAUGUGCUUUUAUAUAAAAGAAAAAGGAAAAAAAAAAGUGGUAGCUCCAAACAAUAUAGCAAUCUACCUUAUAUAGAGCCUUCAGAUACUGUGAGUGGGGAUGAAUGGUGUGUAUGUUUGCCUGAGAGAGGGUGAGUGAAGUGUGCUUGUGACUGGGUAUGCCUGUAUUUUUGAGAACCUAUAUACCAGCAUGUACUGAGAACGUAUGUGUGUAGUAAUAAUUAUGCUGCAAUGUAUAAUCUUGUGUGUUAUUUAAACAGUACUAGUACUGUACACUGGUUCCUUUCCUUGUGUUUGCAGUUGCACACUGAAUGCGAUGGGUGCAGCAAUUACAGACAUUUAGUAUUUUGUCCCCAGCGUACUUACAGGUGUAAAGACCUUUCUACCUACUACUAUUCAAACAGCUGUUAUGCUUCCCCUUCACUGGAGGCUUUAAGUAUGUACCACUAAAGAAUGCAUUGAUUCUUCAUACAUGGGUAACCUUGGGUGUUUUAUCGUAUGUUACAAAGUCUGGAUUUUUUAAUGGCUGAUUUACAAGUUAUUUUUUCACUGUAGAGUCACAAUACCACAUUUAGCAAUAUUAAUGUUUUCAGUUGCUGAAAUAUAUCAAUGUUUUUCUGUUUUCCUUUUUAAUUUUUCUAGCUGGGUUUACCAGUUAUGUGUUUCUUUCAUGAAAGGAAGCAGGAAGUACAUUGAGGGUGUCCUGGUCUUGUGGAACAGCUCUUAACUUUUGCCCAUUGUACUUGCUAAGGGCAUCAUCUUAUAGCUUAUAAACAUUGGCUUUUGGUUCUUUGUCAUCUGCAAGGAAGUUGGUAUGUAACUAAAAUAACUUGUAAAAGGUUACAAUUUUAUUCCUGCAACUUCAUGAAUAAAAUACAUUUUUUAGUGUUUUCUCA